AUGUUAUUGAUUAGCCACUUGUCAAAGAAGGAACUAACAAUUUCGGUAACGGGUCGUACGUGGAAAAGUGAAGACGUCUACGGAGAACGAAGUAGAGCAGCAGCAGCAGCCGAACAAACAAUGCCCAAUGCGAGCACACUAUGCCUUCGCACAAAUGGUAUGGAGCAGCAGCUGUCCGUCGAUGCGUCGACUUCAUCUCAUGAAACCAGCCCGAAACGUCCUCCUCAACUCGUACUCAGUUCAAAACAUAAGAAGAUUUUAAGGAGCACAUUCGCGCAAAUGAAUUCCGGUGGCACAUUCUUGAAACUAAUGGAGCAGGUAUUUCGACGUCUAGAAGCAAAAUAUCCGGACAUUAGGUCAAUUUUUUUGACGACGGCGUUUGUUAACUCACUUUCACGGGAGAAAGUUUCGCCAUCUGUUGUUCGAACGGAACACGAUCACUCCAAAUGCUUGGUGUCAAUGUUUGAGAGUAUCAUGGAUUCUCUGAAUGACACAACUACUCAACCAAAUACCACUGCCUCAAUACGAACUUAUGGUGAAAAGCAUGCACAGAUGAAAGAAAGUGGCAUGUCUGGAAGUAUGAUCGAACACUUUGGAGAGAUCUCAGUUGCGGUGAUUGCAUCGCAGGCAAAAUUUAGUCAUCGACUGUGUAUAGUCGUUAGUCGUAGCUUAACAAUACUAGAUGCGAUCAAAUACAACCACGAUGCAGUAAAGGCAUGGCGCCUUUUGCUCGCUUACGUAACGGACGAGAUGAUGGUCGGCUUUGAUCGCUCAAGCCGAAUAUCCGAACGGAAGUGCAGCGCCAAUAUAUGUCUUCGGAGAACCUAG